AUGCAGAAGGAUAAUCCUGAUGCCGCGCCGUCAGUAGAAUCUGAGUUACCGAUUAAUUGGACGAAAGAAUUGCAAUCCCCAUCCAUUACUAAUGAUGGCCAUAACGCAGCAUUGCAAGAGGUAUUAAAAAAGAAAUAUCAACGUCGCAUCGGACAAGAUUUUUUAACUUGCAUGUGCCAAGCAUCAAUAUCUGCAGCAAUUCAUGUUGUUGUAGAAGCAUUUAAUGAAAUAAUGAGAUAUUGGAUUAAAUUUCCACAAAUGUAUCAUGAUCUUCAAUAUAUUACAGAGCAGUAUAAUGGGUACUGUAUUUCUAACUAUUAUGGAAAAAUAUUAACUGUAAAUAGUGGGCAUGGUGGAAGAACGCAUGAUGCACGCGUUUGGAAUGCUUCAAUUGUCUCAGCACAUUUGGAACAGCAAUAUAAUAAUGGACGGAGAAAUUAUUGGUUAUUAGGAGACUCAAUAUACCCUUCAUUACCUUACUUAAUGACACCAAAAUGGGGUCAACUUGAAGGAUCACCUUCUGCUCGUUACAUCGAUGCUCACGUAAAAGCACGCUCACAUAUUGAACAAACUAUCGGAGUUUUGAAAGGACGGUGGAGAUGCCUAAGGAAGGAAAGAAGACUGCAUUAUUUACCAGAAUUUUUUGCACUUAUUGUCAAUGCUUGCGUUCUUCACAACGUAGCCAAAUUCUACAAUGACCUGAACCUGAAAUACAUUAUGAUGACUUAG